CAAUCUGUGUUCUUCGGGUGUACAUUCAUCGCUUUCGGCCCUGCCAUUGCACUGUUCUUGUUUACUAUUGCCAGGGACCCACUCCUGAUAUUUCUUAUCGCUGGGGCGUUCUUCUGGUUGUGUUCUCUGCUGCUGUCGUCACUUGUGUGGUUCAUCACAGUUCAGAUCAGCAACAAAGAGAGUUCCUCCCAGCAGAAAGGACUGCUCAUAUUCGGGGUGGGUGCUCUCCGUGCUGCUGCAGGAGACUUUCGCUUUGGCUACUACAAGCUGCUAAAGUAAG